CUCCUCCGUAAGAAUCACAUGGAAGCCAUCAAAUCGGCCAUCUGUUCUCGUUGUAUUUUUUGGUGCAAAAGAAUGAUUCAUCUUUUCUUUUCGCGACAUGCACCAUUAGAUCCCGCAAUCUCUGCUAUGAGAUCUGUGCGGAUAAAUAAAAGAGAGAGUUCGGAGUGCUUUGAGAGCAGUGCGAUGAAUCCAACAGUUGACGUCACAAAAACGAAGAAGGAUACGUCUCCCUUCACGCCUGUGGACCGUUGGAUCAUCCACCCGCAGCUCUCAAAACGAUCCGAACUCUGUCAGCUGUCCACCUGCACAGAUCUCAAAGCGAGUGAUGGAUGAUUCAACGGUCGCGGAGGCGCGAAGGAAGAAAGGCAUAUUUCGCGCGAAGGACUGCUGCGUCCCCAUCCAAUGCCCUCCCCGGUGAUAAACACUGAUUCCUGCUCUCUCUCUCUUUCUCUCUCUUAUAUCCUCCAUACGUUAACACAAACAUAUCCAAAAAUCUUAGCCUCAAUGCAUGACAGCUUCUAGGCCAUAAACUCUAAUCCUCCUCUCACCACCGCCUCCGGCCACCACCACAAGCACUCGUACCGCCUCCUCCCAUGGCGGACCAGUCGGAGCGCAGGAACUCCAACAACCAGCUCCUCCAGGAACUCGAUGCCCUGAGCCACUCCCUCUACCAAGCCCACACCGCCCGCCGGACUGCCUCCUUGGCCCUCCCCAGCUCCGCCAAGCCUACCUCCGAUGCCGAGCUUGCGCAGUCCGAGCGCCACCUUCGGUCCCGCCGCUUGUCCAUGUCUCCCUGGCGCUCCCGCCCCAAGCCCCAGCACGAACCUUAUGAUGACGGGGCCGAAGACGACCGCCUCGGCCGUCCAUCCAAGAACCAGAAACCAGCUGCGGGGACGGGAGCGACGGCAGGGGAGAAGAAGAAGGGGAUAUGGAACUGGAAGCCGAUGCGCGCUUUGUCCCAUAUCAUGAUGCGGCGCCUGGGGUGCCUCUUCUCCGUGGAGGUCGUCGCCGUGCAGGGCCUCCCGGCCUCCAUGAAUGGCCUUCGCCUCUCGGUUGCUGUCCGCAAGAAGGAAACCAAGGAGGGCGCCGUACGGACCAUGCCUUCGAGGGUCCUGCAGGGGUCCGCCGACUUCGAGGAGAUGCUCUUCAUCCGAUGCCAUGUUUACUGCAGCGGUGGCUCUGGCGCGGGGAAGCCACUUAAGUUGGAAGCCCGCCCGUUCCUUAUCUCAGUUGUGGCCGUUGAUGCUCCCGAGCUUGAUUUUGGAAACAGUAUCGUGGACCUAAGCCUGCUGGUUAAGGAGUCCAUGGAGGGGAGCUUCGAGGGGGCACGGAUCCGGCAGCGAGACACAACCUUCCCGCUCUCCGGGAAGGCGAAGGGAGGCGAGCUGGUCCUCAAGUUGGGCUUUCAGAUCAUGGAGGAUGGAGGUUUUGGGAUCUACAACCAAGCUGAGGUGGGGAAGUCAAGCAGUAAGGGGAAGGAUUCCUCCUCUUCUUUUGCUCGGAGGCAAUCGAAGUCUUCUUUCAGUGUUUCUAGCCCGAGGAUUACAAGACCGGAACCUUCUUCGUCGCCGACUAAAGAGAUGCCGGCGAUCGAUUUGAAGGGGAUAGAUGACUUCAGUCUUGAUGAGCCAGGCCCUCCUCCCUCGAGCUCUCCGUCGAUCCACAAGUCUGAACCGGAGCCGAAAGAUGAACUAGACUUUCCAGAGUUUGAAGUUGUCGAGAAGGGAGUUGAGAUUCAAGCAGAAAAAGAGGAAGAAGAAGCAGCAGUCUUUGAAGAGGCUGCGGAUGGAACAUCAGUUUCGAGCGAGGUGGUGAAGGAAGUGGUGCAUGACACCGCCCACCCGACUCGGUUGCCGGAACUUGACGCAAUUGCCCAGCAGAUUGAGGCCCUCGAGUCGAUGAUGAUGCGGGAUGGGCGAGAUCCUACGAAGACGGCAGAGGAAGAUGAAAGGCAGCGGUUGGACGCCGAGGAAGAGACGGUGACAAGAGAAUUCCUUCAAAUGCUCGAGCUGGAGGACGAGAAAGACAUGCUGGACCGUGCUGCUCUGAUGAAAUCGGUGGCAGAAGAAGGUAGAAAUGCCGAAACAAGUGUUUUUCUCUCGGACCUUGGGAAGGGAUUGGGCUCCAUAGUUCAGACAAGGGAUGGAGGAUACUUGGCUGCCAUGAAUCCCUUCGAUGUAGAACUACGGAGAAAAGAAACUCCAAAGCUCGCAAUGCAAAUCUCAAAACCAUUCAUUCUUGGGGAUCAGAAGCUGGCAAGUGGUUUCGAGGUGUUUCAGAGACUGGCUGCACUGGGCUCGGAAGAACUGGGUUCCAAGCUACACUCGCUCGCAGCUAUGGAUGAACUGAUGGGCAAGACCGCCGAGCAAAUAGCAUUUGAGGGAAUAGCAUCGGCGAUCAUAAGCGGAAGGAACAAAGAAGGUGCAAACUCCAGUGCAGCCAGAUCAGUUGCGAUCCUGAAAACAAUGGCCACGGCGAUGAAUGAAGGCAGAAAGGAGAGGAUUUCGACAGGGAUUUGGAACGUGAGAGAGAAACCAGUUACGAUGGAGGAGAUUCUAGCCUUCUCAUUGCAGAAAAUCGAGGCAAUGGCAGUGGAAGCUCUUAAAAUCCAGGCAGGAAUGGCCGAAGAAGAAUCUCCCUUCGAUGUAGCAUCUCUGGUUGGCAAAGCACACAGCGAGAGCCCCUUGGACUCUGCCAUACCACCUGAAGACUGGGCAAAGACCUGCAGUGGAGCAACCAUGAUUACGCUGCUGGUGAUUCUUCAGCUGAGGGAUCCAGUGCGGCGAUACGAGAUGGUGGGAGCCCCUUCCAUUGCUAUAAUCCAAGCAGUGCGAGUGGAUGAUGCUGGAGAUGAGGAAGGGAGGUACAAGCUGGCGAGCUUGCACGUCGGAGGACUGAAACUGAAGUCAGGAGGGCGGCGGAGCAUUUGGGAUGGAGAGAAGCAGAGGCUGACCGCCAUGCAGUGGCUCGUGGCCUUUGGGCCGGGGAAGGCAAGAAAGAAGAGCAAGUUGGCGCAGGCAAAGGGCGGGCAGGAUGUGGUCUGGAGCAUGUCGUCGCGGGUGAUGGCUGAUAUGUGGCUCAAGCCGAUUCGCAAUCCUGAUGUGAAGGUUUCCGAGCAAUAGAAGGAGAUGACCAAGCUCUCUUCUGGAUAUCAUCGUAUCCUCUCUCUCUCAGAGUAUGCGUCCUGAGGUUGUUUGUUGUUGUUUUCUAAGAGAAAUCCCCUGUAGUAAAGUUGCUUUGUAUUGGAAGCAAUGCUCUCAAGUCAGACAUUUAAGAUGCUGUGUCAAAAAGGAAAAAAAAAAUAAGAAGAAAAUUAACUUAAUAUUAAGGGAAACCUAAA